AAUAAUGUACUUUUACAUUCUGCUUGUGGUGUCGAUAUGGCCUGGGUUCAAAGUUCAAGAUAAUGAUUAUUUUUAAUAAUUAUGCGAUUUCAUAAUGAGGUUUAGUAGCAUUACUCGUUUUGCUUUGCAACUAAGGCAGAGUCGUCCUAAAAUACCACUAAAAAAUUUCAGCAAGAAGAUGGCAGACCUAAGGUUUGAUGGAAAGGUGGUAGUAGUUACUGGAGCAGGGGCGGGACUCGGUAGGGCAUAUGCUCAUUUGUUCGCCUCCAGAGGGGCUAAAGUAAUUGUCAAUGACUUGGGUGGUGGCCGACAUGGAGAUGGCAGCUCCUCAAAGGCUGCCGACACUGUUGUCAAUGAGAUAAGGAGUCAAGGGGGUGUAGCUGCAGCAGACUAUAACUCGGUAGUUGAAGGAGAGAAAAUUAUUAAAACUGCCAUGGAGAAUUUCGGCAGGAUUGACGUGUUGAUCAAUAAUGCGGGAAUUUUAAGAGAUAGGAGCUUUCCAAGAAUCUCCGACCAGGAUUGGGAUUUGGUUCAUGCAGUGCAUUUAAAAGGCAGUUUUAAAACCACCCAGGCAGCCUUUCCCAUUAUGAAAAAGCAAGGAUUCGGUAGAAUUAUUAUGACAUCAUCAAAUUCUGGUUUAUAUGGAAACUUUGGCCAAGCAAACUACUCAGCGGCCAAAAUGGGUCUUGUAGGCCUAGCUAAAACCAUAGCCAUAGAAGGCUCUAAAAACAACAUUUACUGUAAUGUUAUAGUACCCACUGCAGCCAGUAGACUAACUGAGGAUGUUUUACCCCCAGAAGUUUACAAAGAGCUGAACCCUGAAUAUAUAGCCCCAGUUGUGGCUUAUCUUUGUCAUGACUCUUGCCAAGAAAAUGGGUCUAUAAUUGAGGCUGCUGCAGGCUGGGCCGGAAAAUGUACCGUGUUAAGGUCGAACGGGGCUCUUUUAAGGUCUUCAGUGAAAGAUAAUGUUACUAUUGAAAAAGUGCAGCAAAACUGGCAGAAAAUUACUGACGUUAAUAAUGCUGGAAUACUUGGGUCAAUCCAAGAAGCGACUGGUGCCCUAAUUGAAUCCUUGGAGGGUCUGAAAUUAGGGGAAACUGCCGCCAAGAACUCCAACGAGUUUACUGCUGAUUUUGAAUUCACCAACAAGGACGCUAUUAUCUAUGCUUUAGGAGUUGGUGCAUCUCUGGGAAGAAAUAAGGAAAUUAAAUACUUGUACGAGAGCCAUGAGGAGUUUUCUGUGUUGCCCAGCUUUUUCAUUUUACCGGCGUUGCAAGCAUCUUUAGAAACCACAGUGGUUUCUGAGGCAAUUCCCGGUAAAGAAAUUGAACUUUCGCAAGUUUUACAUGGGGAGCAAUACUUGGAGAUUUUAGGUGACCUGCCCAUUGAAGGUAAAAUUAUUCAGAAAUUAAAAGUAGCAGAAGUACUGGAUAAAAGAUCUGGCGCUACUAUUACAGUGAACGUGGAUUCUUAUGACAGGGCAGGCAACCUGAUCUUCCGAAACCAAAUUGUAACAUUCGCGGUCGGUGCCGGGGGCUUUGGCGGCCCCAGGGUAGGCACCCAAACUGUGCCGUGUCUUAAAAAACCCGACCGAACACCAGAUUUAUCUAUUACCCAAAAAACUAGCGUUGACCAAGCAGCAUUGUACAGGUUAUCCGGCGAUACAAAUCCCCUUCAUAUUGAUCCUAAUAUGGCGGCCAUUGCUGGCUUCAGCACCCCAAUUUUACACGGAUUGUCCACUUUAGGAUUCUCAGUUCGUAUGGUUUUGAAAGCCUUUGCCGAUCACGAUACAAGUUUGUUUAAAGCAGUUAAGGCAAGAUUUAGUAAGCCAGUUAUCCCCGGUCAAACAUUGAGGGUGGAUAUGUGGAAGGAGGGCAACAGGAUCCACUUUGAAACGGUGGUAGUGGAGACUGAUAAACCCGUCAUUACUGGAGCCUACAUAGACCUAAAAGACAUCAAAAUGCAACCUCAAGCCAAUAAACUAUCCGGCAGCGGUCUUAAAAGUGACGCCAUUUUCGAAUUUAUCAUUGAGCAAGUGAAAGCAGACCCCAACAAAGCCAAAUCUGUAGGAGGAGUAUUUUUGUACAAAAUAUUAAAGGAUGGAAAAGAAGUGAAACAGUGGACCAUGGACCUUAAAAAUGCUAAAGUCUUUGAAGGAACACCAGAAGGCAAACCAAACACCACCCUCGUAAUAUCGGACGAAGACUUCAUGCUGAUGGCUGAAGGAAAACUGCAACCCCAACAGGCGUUCAUGAAGGGCAAACUGAAAAUUACCGGAAAUAUUAUGAUGGCUCAAAAGUUGGCUCCCUUACUAAAGGCUGCUCCUAAGUUGUAAUUAGCAAUAUUGCAUUUUUUUAUGUUGUAUAAUUUUAAGUAUGAAAUACGUAUGUAUUGUUGCACCGGUGUUUUUUUUUAUGUAUAAAAUGUUAUGGAAUUAUAUUAUGAUAUUUUAUUAA